AUGCGAAAGUUGGAAUGGGGCUACAUCGGAGUGAAGGUUGAUGGUCGGCGGCUACUCCAUUUGCGCUUUGUUGAUGACAUCGUAUUGAUAACACCUAGCAUCAGCCAAGCGGAACGAAUGUUGACCGAAUUCAACGAAACAUGUGGAUGCAUCGGUCUUCAGCUGAAUCUACAAAAGACGAUGUUCACGCUCAACGGAACGAACAUAUCCGAGUGCACCAGCUGCGUUUACCUGGGUCGGGAAUUGAACAUGAUGAGCGACCUGACCACCGAGCUGGUCAGGUCGCUCAUCAUGUUGGAGGAGACGGGCGGCUUGGGGAGCGAACAAGAGCAUCAAGGAUGUAGUGAAGAAGACCAGGAACAUCCGGUUCCGUGCUCACCUCUUCAACACCACCUCACUUCCUGCUUUGACCUACGCUUCGGAAGUCUGGGCAUUUCGCAAGCAGAAAGAAAACGCGGUGAGCGUCAUUGA